AUGGCUCUCUGCUCCGUCAAGGACAGCAAAUCGACAUCUGAUCAAAUUAGGCAUCAAUCGGAUGAAGACUCCGGAGUGGAAUUCGGCCAGUCCCCCCUCCUGGAGGUAGCGUGCAUCAACCAUAGGAAGAAGCUCUCACAUUCCAAGAAACGAAGCCUCCUCGCUCUGCGCAAGAGCUUGUGCAGCGACUCCGGGAUCAGUGACCACGAGCGACCCGCAUCGCGUGAUUCGUCUUCCAGAUUGCCCUCGAGCCCGGAAGUCUCUUGCCUUGACCUCACUUUGAAGGACACCUUGCUGAGCGCAACGAAACGGAGCGCCAUCGAUGAUUCUUCAGACGUCGACACCUCGGACCAGUUACCGCCGAUAAAGAAAGAAAAAGCCGAUGGCGACCUGGUUGGGGACGACAGGACGGUGAUCCGCCAACGGAGGAUUGAAGCUAACGCUCGAGAACGGACCCGGGUCCACACGAUAGGAGCCGCUUUCGACUCCUUGCGAAAAUCUAUUCCCGCCUUCUCGGACGGCCAGAAACUCUCGAAACUCGCGAUCCUCCGCGUAGCGAGCUCCUAUAUUCUCGCCCUGAGUUCCCUGCUGGAGGAUCAGAAGGAGAGUUUCGCCGAAAGUGUACAAGCGUGCUCCUCGGCUAUACAUUUGGAUGGCAAAAUACGUCGAAGAUAA